ACAACCUAAUGGAGCAGCUGCCUCUGGCUGGACUACGCCUCCCAGAAUCCCCUGGGCUCCAGGCAUCUCCCUGUGCUUGUCUAUUGGCCUGCUGUCCUGAGGAAUGAUGUCAUGAUAAGAAAAGCAGGGAGAACUCCAGUGCCUUUUAUUGUGCAUGGAGCCUGUGCAGAGGACGCCUGCUGCUGCUGCCUGCAUCCAUCCCCAGCCCACCGAUGAGCCGCUGAUUCCAGCCGCACACACCCUGUUUUAUUGUAUGCACCCUUCUCAAGCUGUGUAAAUGAGUAUGGAAGAUUAUGAUUUCCUAUUCAAGAUCGUUCUAAUCGGAAACGCCGGAGUGGGGAAGACCUGUCUGGUGCGGAGGUUUACCCAGGGUCUCUUCCCUCCUGGCCAAGGGGCCACCAUCGGGGUAGAUUUUAUGAUUAAAACGGUGGAGAUAAAAGGUGAAAAAAUAAAGCUCCAGAUAUGGGACACGGCAGGGCAAGAGAGGUUCCGCUCCAUCACUCAGAGUUAUUACCGCAGUGCCAAUGCCUUGAUAUUAACCUACGACAUUACCUGUGAGGAAUCCUUCCGGUGCCUUCCAGAAUGGCUGAGGGAGAUAGAGCAAUAUGCAAACAACGACGUCAUCACUGUGCUUGUGGGGAACAAAAUAGACCUGGCCGAGAGAAGAGAAGUCUCCCAGCAAAGAGCUGAAGAGUUCGCAGGCACCCAAAACAUGUAUUACCUGGAAACCUCUGCCAAAGAGUCGGACAAUGUGGAAAAACUGUUCCUGGACUUAGCGUGCCGCUUGAUCAGCGAAGCCCGACAAAACGCGUUGGUCAACAAUGUGGACUCUUCCUUGCCUGGAGAGGGCAAGAGCAUCAGCUAUUUGAACUGCUGUAACUUUAACUAGUAACCAAGUCGGGCCUGAUGACGAGCAAGAAAGAUUCAUUUAAAAAAAACAUUCAGUAUGGGCUGAGAGUCUUUGCCGAGUUGGAUUCUCUCCGUGGGAGGAUGGUCCCGAAAUGCAGGCGAAAUCGAGUUUCGGAGUCUAAGCUUAGUUGACCACACAUAGGUCGGAGCAUGGAGAACAUGGACCGGAGCAGGACGAACAGUGUUGCGAGUCCUGCCAGCAAGUCAUGGGGUACAACUUGAACAAAACUAUAUAUAUAUUUAACGACGCGGUGCAUACCAGUUAGAGUAUUUUUGUUUUUCUGUUUACUUUUGUUUUUAAUAGAUAGGGGGGGGGAACAAAGAAGCGUCCUUGAAGAAGUAGAAGACCUUAUCAUAGUAUCUCAUUAUCUUGCGAUGAGAGAACUCCAAUCUAUACUCUACAACCGUUACAUUUUUGAAUUUGAUUGUUGCGGAAUGCUGGCACCGGUUUUGGAAGAUGUCAUUUUUCUGAGAACUGUUUUGUCUAUUCUGACGUGUUUAGGAUUAAUUAAAGCCAAAUUUUUAUUGCUUGGCUUCAGACGUUUUAUGAAAGCAGCGAUGUUUUUUUUUAUUAUUUACCUUGACUGUACUCCGCAAAAGAGCGCUGACUCGUUUUGCAUCUAUAGCCAUUUAAGGAACUCCAGCGCAAAUUUUGGCUGCCGAUGUCUGUUAUUCUUUUGCCAAAAAAAUAAAUAAAGAAUGUUUGUGA